GUGGGUUUCUGUUUAUUACAGUGUUUUGCUGUGCGCUCUCUCGGCUGGGUAGAGAUGGCUGAGGAGGAUCUGGCUCCGGGUAAAAGCAGCGUCGCUGUUAACAACUGCAUCCGUCAACUGUCCUACUGCAAGAAUGAUAUACGAGACACUGUGGGCAUCUGGGGAGAGGGGAAGGAUAUGUACCUCAUUUUGGAGAAUAACAUGCUGAAUCUGGUUGACCCGAUGGAUCGAAGCGUUCUACACUCUCAGCCAAUCGCAAGCAUCCGUGUGUGGGGCGUCGGGCGUGAUAAUGGAAGAGAGAGGGAUUUUGCAUAUGUAGCGCGAGAUAAGGACACCCGGAUAUUAAAAUGCCAUGUGUUCCGCUGUGACACCCCUGCCAAAGCCAUCGCCACCAGUCUGCACGAAAUCUGCUCCAGGAUCAUGGCAGAGCGCAAGAAUGCCAAAGCUAUGGCUGGAGGAUCACUACAGGACAGAACACAUUCUGGGCUCGACGUCCCGCUACAAGCAGAGUUCCCCACACCGAAGACUGAACUGGUGCAGAAGUCAGUGUUAUAUGUUGGCAUGAUGCCGGUUGCCAGACCUAUAGGCAUGGACGUUCUCAACGGUGCAAUAGACAGUUUGAUGACAUCAUCCAUCCGAGAAGACUGGAUUCCUGUGAAACUGAAUGUAGCAGACGCAACAGUCACAGUCAUCAAAGAAAAGGAGGAAGAGGAGGUCCUAGUGGAGUGUCGUGUGCGCUUUCUGUCAUUCAUGGGCGUUGGGAAAGAUGUGCAUUCAUUUGCAUUCAUCAUGGACUCUGGGAACCAGCACUUUGAGUGUCAUGUGUUUUGGUGUGAUCCCAACGCUGGCAGUGUGUCAGAGGCUGUUCAGGCAGUGGCAUGUUGAGGUAUCAGAAGUGUCUGGUGGCACGGCCUCCGUCUCAGAAAGCCUGCUCACAGGCACCUCCUGCUGAUUCAGUCACACGCCGUGUCUCCACCAGCGUCAAACGUGGAGUUCUGUCCCUCAUCGACACGCUCAAACAGAAGAGACCGGUCACUGAGCUCAACCAGUGAUCUGACACACGAGCACGCACACUCACCGUCACGCUCUGCAUGCUUAAACUAUCAGAAUGUCCUGUACAUACCUGUCCAGUCACAUGAUGGAGAUGAAGAAGAACUCGAGGGUGAAAACAGUCCGUAAGAAAUCUACAAGAAAUUAUGAAAUGAGCAGAUGCCAAGAAAAUACACUGACAUACACCUAGUCCACUAUCUAAAAGCCUGUCUGUUCCGUCACCAGUAUGUCCGUCAUGUGUAUAUCUGCAUGGGAAGCCACGCCACUCCGGCAUGACUGAAACCAACAGGCUCCGCCCAUCUAGAAGAACCACCCUAUCUGGACAAAGCCUGCUUAAAGAGAUUUGUGCAAUUCAACAGAACAAACACGGCUGCUACACUCAACAGAGCUUCUUCAUAACCGUUGCAUGAGCAUAAGUGUGUGCGGGUGUGUAGAGGAGCUUGAUGCUGCUUCAUUUGCUAAAGGAUGUUCAGAAGUGUCAUAAAAGCUAUUUUUUGUAUCAUUCUUUAUCAUCCCGAGAGAAGAAUGGCUGGAUGAGAGGAACUGUGCUCUGUGUUCCAUUCAAAGUUGGAUGAUGGACUUCCUGCUAGAUAUGUUCUGGACAAGGUGCUCCAGUGUUCAGUGUUCAAAAGAUGAGUUGUAAAGAUGCGGUAACGGCAAUAUUUUGGCGACAUUUCAGUCCGUCGCUAAUUGUCAGUAGUGCAGCGACGUAUGAAGCACAACUUGCAUAAAAGUCACCUUCAUACCAAGCUACUAUUGGUCAACACAGUAAAUUCAUAUCAACAAUUUAGAUACCUAUUGGAACAAAGAUAAAUGUGACCGCACCUUAAGGCAACAGAACAACACUACAUUAGCAGUGCAUUUGUUCAGUGUCAACAAUGAAGUCUUCUAGCAUCCAAAGGAUAAUAAAUGGCACAAUGCAAUGCGCAAGUUGGAAGUUCGACUUCAAGUAAUGUUCCUUUGCACUUUUCAAUGUAGGAAAUUCAAUUUUUUUUAGAUUAACAUUGUGGCUUCCACCAAAUGAUUUAGUUUUCUUCAAGAAUCUCUGCUGACACGUUCAUCUUCACCUGAAGUUGAUGAGGAGGCUUGGAAAAGAUGCCAAUAUGAAAAGAACAACAGACAUCCCAUAGACUUGCUCUGCAUUGACACAGCUGGAAGGACAACACCUGUUCAGUGUGUAGAUGUAAAGUUUGAAUGUGCUUUUAUAUUUCCAAUGUGAAAUUGCCUUUUUUUUGUUUGUUUUUUUGAAAGAGAAUGUUGAGGAAGAGAACUGAAUUACUCAUGGAGAGAAAUACAGGAGGCGGGAAUAACUUUGCCUAGAGUAAGACGCUUCAGUCGUGUCAAUUCUGCUUUGAACCCCAGCGUAGUGCUUGCUUCCUCCAGAGGCUCUCCAGUGACUGAAAGUCAAAAAUACCCGACUAAUAGGAACUAUCUCCAGCACAUCCAAGUUAGUGAAAAAUGUCUAUAAAGAGCUAUUUCAGUUCCAGCAUCCAUCCAUGUCUCAUCCGUGGCUCUACAUGUCCUGGUUGUGCUUCACAAAGGUUUUUUUUUAACCUAUUCUGGCGUACCACCUGUAAUCCUAGACUUACCCUUUCUUUCACAAGGGUUUUGAAGAGUCACUUAUGUGUGUACAUAUAGUAUCUAUAUAUAGCAAACAUCAUAUCAUAAGGCUUUAUUUUUCAAAUUUCAGAAACUUUUAUUUGGUUUCUGUUUAUUUUGAUCAUACUUGCCUCGGCAUGUCUCUUGACCUCGUUUAUUCUGGCCAUACUGUAAAAAUAAUCAUGUAUGUGUUGUAGAUAAACCAACUGAUGAAACAAAGAAAAGAAGAAGAGUGAAAGAUGGUAGAGAUUGUGAAUACAAAUUUAUUUAAUGGUCAUUUUUAGGAGAGCUAGCUCUAGGGGAGGAGAUGUGAACUUUUAAGUGUCUAUCUAUGCAUUCUUUUCGCUCUGAGGAAGAUUUGAGAAGAAAAAAAGACACAUUGCCUUGCAUGUCCUGCGACAAUUUAAGAAGAAAAACUGUACUGAACAGAAAUGAUAUUUUUUAUUUUAUUUAUUCUAUUUUAUAUCGGUAUAUACUGGUUUCAUUGUGAUGUAUCAUAUGCUUAGACGUGUAUUGAACAACAAAUCAAACAAGAAAUGUCAAUUCAAAUCACUGUACAGUUACUCUGGUGACCCUCAAAGAGCCGUGUAUCUCAGACGCUGACUGCCAUCAUAACAUAUUUGAGAGGCCUUGUAGGACCUUUACAUUCUGCCCAAACCAACAUUAGACGUAGGCAUAGGUUAGUAUACAAUAUAUGUUCAAAAGUAUGUCUGGAUAUUUGACUAUUACAUUCGCAACAGGUGCAUAAAAUCAAACAAUCAAACUCCUUUUGGACGCUUCACUCACAUGAUGCAUUUUAAAAAAUGUGGCACCAAACGUAGGCUCUCAAGACACAUUUCUAAGUGUUUUAUUUAUAUAGCGCUUUAUGCUAUACAGAUUGUUUUAAAUCAGAUUUAAAAUGAAAGCAGAUCUCAAAAGAUAAUAGUGAUUAUUUAGUUGAAAACAGCUUUAGUUGAUUCCGUUUGGUUCAAUAACUGUGUAAAGUCCAUGAAUUAUAGCUUGAGGCAUUUUAAAAACACGGUGCCCAUGCACGAGACACUAAGAAAACAGUGAGACGUGGCUAGUGCAUAUUUACAAUAGCAAAACAAUUAUAGAGUCUUGCAUUGAAACAUUUUUAGCAUAAAAUAUUAAGUAGAAUGUAUUAAGGCUGCACAAUUAAUCAAUGUAUAAUUUACAUUUUAGGCUUAAUACUAUAGAAAAAGCACAAUGUUUUCAGUCUGAGUGUUUUCAGCUUGUUUAUUUUCUUAAGAAAAUACAGCACGCAGUUGCAUUAAACAGUGGUAUAAACAUCAUUCAGUGUAAAUUCAGAUAAAUUCUAUAAUUGCAAUUACAAUUUCAAGGGAAUAAUCAACAAUUAGGAUUUUUGUCAUAAUUGUGCAGCCCUAGGAUGUAUAUACUGUCCAAUUAAUGGUUUGUAUGAUUUAUAUCAUAUCAGGCAUCCAUUUGGUCAUCUUGUGUAUGUUCCAAAAAGUAAAUUUAAACAAAAUUACUCAACAGACACAUUCAUCAAGACUGUUCCAAUCAGAUUUUUACCAAAAUUAGAGCACGUUAGUUUGGGCAGUAUGUAGAUGUUUAGGUAGCUCAACUAGAACCGUUUCUCCUGUAUCCUGACCACACAAGGCCUCCGCGUUCACCCUGCAGCUUAUCAGAGUUUGAGAUGGUGAAAUAAGUGUCAUCUGUAUUGAGAUGGUAAUAUGACCUGAUGCAAAUCAAUCUGCCUGGGUACUGCACCCCAUCAGUCUCCCCCUCUUAUUAUCUGUUGCAGCUUUGAAGAAGUGCAUGAUGGGUUUUUUUUUCAUGUGAAUUUCACUCUGUGAUGUUGGGUCUUACACAGCUCACUGUUUUCUUUUGAAUUUUUUUUCGCAGUUUGUUUCAAAAUGAAUUCAGUGGCAACUGGCAAAGUCAGCUGUGAUGCGCAAAACCGGAAAGAGGGAGGAGGCUUAUGGGUAAUGUAGUCCAUUACAAUAAUUCAGCGUAGAAUCAUCGUUCUCAUGUUAGCCAAGAGUAGUGAAUCACUCUGAUCGACGAUUAUCAGGGGAAACCUCAUCACAAGGUUUAACAAACUGAGAAUUAACACUACUUGUGAAAUACACUCAAACACACAUUUAUGUGGAAACAUUGGCUUUCUCUGCUCUACACUAAUUUGUACACCAUAUAAAUGUAAAAUGUUGUGAAAAUAAAUGGCAUAUCACAAAAUAC